GAUCCGGACCUUCAUUCAUGUGAUUUGAGCUGAUUUAAACCCGGUCCCUGACGUAACUUUCACAUUUAUUUAUUUCUUUAUUUCGCAACGACAUCGAGGCUACAUUUUCUUCUGGCUCUAAUAUGACCGCCUCGGUGGCGUGCAGUCACCAGGGGGCAUGCACAUAGUAAUAAUAAUAAUAAUGCAUUUGAGGAAAGGCUGCUAGGACGAGCCUCCAUCGUUUCCACCACUCGGCCGUGGUGUGAUGGAGAUGUGCUUUUAGUUCAUGUGUCCGGCGGCUCUGCCCCUGGCUUUUUUUUCUGGGGAAGAUCAUAUUGGAUCAUAUUGUUUGCAGGACGCUGUUCCUCCUGCAGCCCCCCCAGUCUAUCCCGACGUAGUUGUGAAUUGAACAUGGCGACUGUACCAGUAUAUUGCAUCUGCAGAUUACCUUACGACGUGACCCAGUUUAUGAUCGAGUGCGAUGCUUGCAAGGACUGGUUCCACGGCAGCUGUGUUGGGGUGGAUGAGGAUGACGCUCCAGAUAUUGACAUAUAUCACUGUCCAAACUGUGAGAAGACCCACGGCAAAUCCACAUUGAAAAAGAAAAAGAACUGGAGCAAACAUGACACGGGGCAAAGCACAGAUAUCAAAGCUGUUCAGAACGGCAGUCAAGUUUUCAUAAAGGAGCUUCGCAGCAGGACCUUUCCAAGUGCUGAUGAUGUGGUGGUGAAGCUCGGUGGCAGUCAGCUGACCCUGGACUACCUGGAGGAGGAAGGUUUCAAUGAGCCAAUCCUGGUCCAGAAGAAGGAUGGGCUGGGCAUUUCCAUGCCUGCUCCCACAUUCUACAUCAGUGAUGUGGAGAACUACGUUGGUCCUGAUGUCGGUGUGGACGUGGUUGACGUCACCAAACAGACUGACAGCAAGAUGAAGCUCAAAGAGUUUGUUGAUUAUUACUACAGCACAAACAGAAAGAAAGUGUUAAACGUCAUCAACCUGGAGUUCUCUGACGCACGGAUGAACUCUAUAGUGGAGAGUCCACAGAUUGUGCGGCGGUUGUCUUGGGUAGAGAACUACUGGCCUGAUGAUGCUCUGCUUGGGAAGCCAAAAGUCACCAAAUACUGUCUCAUCUGUGUCAAAGACAGCUACACAGACUUCCACAUUGAGUGCGCUGGCGCCUCCGUCUGGUACCACGUCCUAAAGGGAGAAAAGAUCUUCUUCCUCAUCAAGCCCACCUCUGCCAACCUGUCUUUGUACGAGCGCUGGAGAUCAUCGUCCAAUCACAGUGAAAUGUUCUUUGCCGACCAGGUGGACAAGUGUUACAAAUGUACUCUGAAGCAAGGACAGACUCUUUUCAUCCCAUCAGGUUGGAUCAAUGCAAUACUGACUCCAGUGGACUGUCUGGCGUUCUCUGGACACUUUGUCCACAACCUGAGUGUGGAGAUGCAGAUGAGGGCGUAUGAAAUCGAGAAGCGACUAAAGGUCAAAACUCUCACCCCCUUCCCUAACUUUGAAACGGCGUGCUGGUAUGUGGGACGACAUCUCCUCGAGAGAUUCAAAGGUUUACAUAAAGCAAAUAAACAACCAGCUCCAUACCUGAUACAUGGUGCCAAAAUCAUCAACGGAGCCUUCAGAGCUUGGACUAAAAAACAGGCCCUCUUGGAACAUGAGGAUGAACUUCCAGAGAACAUGAAACCAUCACAGCUCAUUAAGGAUCUGGCCAAAGAGAUCAGACUGUCAGAGAAUGCAACAAAAGCCAUUAAGAGUGAGCCCAGCAUAAAGGUACCAGUGGAGGAACCCCCAUCCACACACUCGGAGCCUGAAGAUCCCGUUUCCCCGGCCCACGUCCCCUCACCCAGCAGAGAGAAAGGCAGAAAGAAAGCUUCCAAACCCCCCAAACCUCCCAAACCUCCCAAACCCCCAAAGAUGCCCAAGGCACCGAAGCCUCCGAAGGUACCCAAGGUCAAGGAAGGAGGAAAGAAGAAAGCAAAGAAAGCAAAAGAAUCGUCACCACCUCCUAAACCCUCCAGUUUCGCAGCUCUUGAGUCCCAUGCAAAAGACAUCUUGAGUAAAAUGGACCAGCCAAAAAAGACCAAGGCUGUUAAGAAUGUCAUGAGUAUAUCAGAGAAGGAAAUAUCAAAGCAGAACAACGUGGAGAAGUUUGAAAUCAGAGAGCAGAAUAAAAACAAGACUGAAGCAAAGUGGAAGUACAAGAACAGUAAACCAGACUCCCUGCUGAAAAUGGAGGAGGAGUGCAAAUUUGACAGAACACCGCUGUCGGGCAAUAAAGACAGAUUCAGCUUUACUAUGUCUCACAAGAAGAUGCUUGGCUCGAAGACGCUGAAACCUCAGACCAACUCAAGUGUUUUUGGAUCAUUACAAAACCUAAAAGAGGACAAACCCAAGCCAGUGAGAGACGAGUAUGAGUACGUCUCAGAUGAGGGGGAGCUGAAGAUUGAUGAAUUCCCCAUCAGGCGGAAAAAGAACACCGUCAAGAGAGAUCUGUCCUUUUUGUCAGACAUCAGAGAACCCAUUCAGCCAGCCAAGAAACCAAAGUUCCAACCCCUGGUGACCAAGAGCGUGGACUCCUCAGAUGAAGAGACUCUGCACAUAGACACAGAGGCCAAGCCUGAGGUCAAAGGUCGCAACUCGAAGGUGAAGAAAAAAGCUGGCAGUGCUGCGGGGAUUCUUGACCUGCUGCAGGCCAGCAAGCAAGUGGGAGGGAUUGACUACAGCACCAACAGUCAGCCACCUGCAUCUCCCAGCACACAGGAGGCCAUUCAGGGCAUGCUGUCCAUGGCCAACCUGUCGUCUUCAGACAGCUUGCAGCAGCCGUGGAGCAACAGCCAGUCCAAAAACAAUAGCCAGUCGAAGAGCAACUCGCACAGCACGCAGAGCGGCAAGAAGGCCACUGGAGGAGGCGGCGGCGGCGGGGGCGGGAACAACAGCAAGCGGCCAACCAAACGGCCCACCAAGAAACCCAGGAAAAGCAGCAGUAUUGAGAGUCUGGACUAUGAUGACGACCAGGACCAUAUGGACGCGUGUUUCAAGGACUCUGAUUAUGUUUACCCCUCGUUGGAGUCUGAAGAGGAUAAUCCUGUCUUCAAAUCCAGAUCGAAAAAACGGAAAAGCAGUGACGACACUCCGUACAGCCCGACAGCCCGGGUCGGACCCUCAGUCCCUCGACAGGAACGGCCGGCGAGAGACGGGGCCCGAGUGGCCUCCAUAGAAACGGGACUGGCCGCAGCUGCAGCAAAACUCUCCCAUCAGGAGGAGCAGCAGAAAACUAAGAAAAAGAAGAAAAGCACCAAAAAGAAGGCAAUAGUAAUUGAGGAGCCCCCGAAAAUCUCUCAGGACAGUAGCUCGCCAGAGCACAAUCUGGACUCCCAAGACGGCAACCUGACAGACCACGAGUUCAACACUGGAACAGUCAAGUCGCCGGGAGGGCCGCAGCCCAUGGCGCCGGGGGUUUUUCUUAGCCAGAGGCGACCGUCCAUGUCUUCUCCCAACAACAGCACCAACUCCACGAGCACCAACAGCAGCAGCAUGGCCAAGGGGGAACGAUCGGUGUCAGCAGACGCCAAAGCUAAGCGGCUAAAGAAAGGCAUGGCAACAGCCAAACAGAGACUGGGAAAGAUUUUAAAGAUCCAUCGGAAUGGAAAGCUCCUCCUGUAGCAUGCAGCAGACCGCUGUCGGACUGGGAAUUCAUGAGCUGGGUCCGGCCCAACCUCAGCCCCUGUUCACUGAUUGAAGCCAACAAUGGAAAAAUAGAACAUCAUGCAUUUUUCAAUUUCUAAGAAGAACAUCACUCAAAUAGGUUUUUGCCUCUACUUAUACUUUAUAACUUUCAAAUACUAAAGUGUACAGAACCUACUAUAAAUAUUUUUUAAGAGAACAUGUCUCAUUUUACUACAGCUGUCAGUUUAUCAGGGGUUGCUAAAACAUGAAGUAGAAGUACAUUGCAGUCAUUCCAAGAUUUCUGAAAGUAUCCCUUGCAUGUAUUCAGUUGCAUGUGCGCUUGGGUCAGGGUUUGGGGAUUUUCCACAUUAAUUCCUACUAUAUGGAUGCAGCUUAUCAUUGUCACAGCGAUGAUGGACGGGUUUCCUGUCUGUGCAGCUUGGAGCAUGGUGAUGAUUGGAGUCAACUCGAGCAUUUAUCUCUUUAUGUUAACACUUGGGUUUGCAGAGCACUAUCAGCAGUGAUAUAUUUAUUUAUUGUGUCGAGUCGUAGAUAGGAAGGAAGACUGUAAAGCACAACGUGAAUCAUGAAUAUUGCUGUGUAUGGAACAGCAGCCGUUUGAUAGGAAUAAGGACAUAGGACUAAAAGGUAGCGGAGGCCUGCUGUGUGUGGACAUUUGGGACACGAUGUGGGACCUGUACCCAAUGAUAAGCCUCAUCCAUGUCAGUGUGCAGUUACAUGGGGAUACUUUCUCUCUUCUUUUGCUUUCACAGGCAGCACCGACAACCCCCACUUCUCUCUGCGUUUUUAUGGCUUCACACAGUACAGUAUAUAGAAUGUAGCUUGUACAUAGCCUUUUAAAUUACUACUUUUUGUAUCCUUUCCCCUUAAGGCUUAAUUCUACAUUUUUACUGGUUUUGCUAAUUAUGAAUAAAUAAAUGAAUAUAUAUAUAAAUAUACAUAUAUAUAUAUGGAUAUACAGUAUAGUCCUGAUUUUUUAACGUUCAUUUUUUUUUAGUUGUUUUACUAGCAGAGAUUCAUUUAGAUUUUUUUCCCCCUGUUAGAUUAAAAGGUGUUGCCUGGAAAACAACUGAAGAAAUAAUACAUUUUAUUGUCAUAUGGCCUUACAUACACAAAGCUAAUUGUAUUGUGAUUCUGUUUGAACAAGAGAUGAAGCUUUGAGGAAAAAUUAUAUAAAAGGAAAAAAAAACACUUAAAGUUUCUCUGACCAGCCUCUUGUUGGACUUCUAGUAUCCUGAAGGGUUUCGGAAUUAUUUUACUAGCACCUUGUGAAGUGUUUCUGUGUCAGUGAUGUAAUUUAUUAAUGUUUGUAGCUUUUUUAUACUUGUACAAUUCUUAAGAGUUUUUGUUUUUGAAUAUUUCAUCAUCUUGUGAAAAUACGCUUACCAGACAAUUAUUGUUUUUUUUUUCUCCUUGGGAUGUGUGUGUGCGUGCGUGUGUGUGUGUGUGUGUGUGUGUGUGUGUGUGUGUGUGUGUGUGUGUGUGUUUGAGGGGCGCCAUGAACAUUUUACACACCAGAAUCUAUGUUAGCAAACAAUUUUUUUUUAUCUCCAUCCUGUCUUCUCUCAAUGUCAAUGUUAUCUGGGAAACAUUUCCAAUGUGUUAUUAUUAUUAUUAUUAUUGUUAAUAUUAUAGUUAUAAGCCUCCAUCACAGCGUUUUACUUUGGUCGGGACAUUUUGAACGUUUAAUGAGCUCUGCUCUAUAGACGCAGUGUUUUAGUCACAGAUGUAAACCACGCGUUCACCUGUCAGAAAUGAGAUGCGCUCCGAUCAAACUGUCAGUGGGACAUAUUUUCAGGUUUUUAUUUGUACAAUAUGUGUGUUGCUUUGUUGUGGUUUAUUUUUGUAUGUCCGACCUAUUAAAUGCAUCCACUGUGCCAGGACAGUGAAUGAUACCUGUUGUAGCUGUCUUCCCUUACUGUUCUUUGCAGUACUAGUAAGUAUUUACAAUCCUUUUUGACCUGAAUCUAUAUUUUUCUGUAUUUAGAUGAUUCUGUUUGAGAUCAUGGCUCACUUUUUUAAGACAUCAAGAAAUGGCAAAUUCCGAGGAACAAGCAUAUUGUUGUUGAAUGAUAUGAUUGUCCGCCUUGUUUACUUUUGCAAUACAGUUACUGUGGAAAACCUAC